GCUGCGCAGUAGGGGGCCGGAGCGUCUGGGACAGAGACACACGGUGAGAGACAGAGGGAGGGUGAGGCCUUGAGGCUCACCGAGAGCGUGGACUCACUGGGAGACAGCCACCUUCGAGCGUGAGGCCUGAGGGAGAGCCGCCUCAGACAGAGAGCGCGAGGGCAGCUUACAGUGGCCGUGGAGACUCGGCGCGGCCUCGGAGCCUGCAGGAGAGUGGCUGCGGGAUUUGCUGCCUGCUCCCGGCCUGGCCUGACCUGCCCUGCCCUCUCCCCCCCCCGGGUGGGUGUGAACCCGCUUUGCCCACCGUCUCCCACAUCCGCCAUGUACUGUCUGCAGUGGCUGCUGCCCGUCCUGCUCAUCCCCAAACCCCUGAACCCGGCCCUGUGGUUCAACCACUCCAUGUUCAUGGGCUUCUACCUGCUGAGCUUCCUGCUGGAGAGGAAACCCUGCACCAUCUGCGCGCUGGUCUUCCUGGCCGCCCUCUUUCUCAUCUGCUACAGCUGCUGGGGCAACUGCUUCCUCUACCACUGCGGCGGAGCACCGCUGCCGGACUCCGCUCACGACCCCAACAUUGUGGGCACCUAGUGCCAAUCUGCCGCCGCCUUCCACCCGGACAACCUCCGCCAACUCAGCCUCCGAUGGUCUCUCAUUCACCCUUCAAUUUAUUUGUCAGCCCCUUUCGUCUCUUUGACCUUCCUCCCGUCAAGCGGAUGCGACUACUCUUUUUUUCUUAAAUGAAAGGGUUUCUUCCCGUUUUCCUUCUGGAUCCCAGUGCAUCCUUUUGCACCCAGACCGUUGGUGGAAGUGGGGUUUCAUCUGCAGACGGCACCUUCCAUUGCAAAAGGAUAACGUGCUCGCGGAUGUGAAGUAGGAGUGCUGCAUGGAUUUGUAUUUGGAGCCUGCGCUGUGUAUGAUUACAGGAACUAAGUUCAGUAUUUCCACUUUGUUUAUUUUUUUCCAAGCCCUCAGAAGAAGUGGCCUUUUGCAAUUGCCUGAAUAGUGGAAAGAUUUGGUAUUGGCUUUCAAACUUUAAAUAAUGAACCUCUGUAAGACCUACUGUUUAUCACCUGUCUUUUCAAGUUCUUAAGGAUGACUUAGAAAACACCUUAUGGCUAAUAAUGUGUAUGACUUCAUUUAUUGGAGGUCUUAGUGUUUGUGUUUAAUUUAGGCAUCAUACCUAUGUAUUUUAUUGGGUGUUCAUUUGUUUCUUAGUCUUUCGAUGAGAAGGAUGCUAUUUUUGCACAAUUGUUAGCUCAAAUAGUAUCGAGUUUGUGUUUAAAAAUGCAGGGAUUUUGGUGUAGGUUGUGAUUAAAUAUGCAAAUGUUUCACAGUUUACAUAUCAUCUAGUUUAUUUUUGCACAGUGGGUUUGAGAUUUUAUGCCAGUCAUAAGUAUUGAAAAUUUUACAAAUACUGUUAGUAAUACAGGUGUCAAACUUUGAUUGUCUGUCUUUGUGCUAGCACAAAGCCCAUAUUUUCUUUCAUGAUUAUAGAGUAAAAGAAAUUGCAGGAUAAUUUUGUUCAGUUGUGAUAUUUCCACUUCACUCUUUAGAUCAUGUUUGAACCCACUAGUGCACUUCCAUGUGCGUCUGUGAUGUGCAAGCGUGUUGCAUGAUGCAGUCUAUAGCACCAAAUGUUUUUAAAAUGAGCUUCAGAGAAUAAAACGGGUUUACAGCAUUA